CCAAAGCCACCUUCCCCUGCUGGAAAAAUACUUGAUAGAAGGCAAUUGUCCUUCCUAGCCAUACCACCCUGACCUGUUAUAAAGACAUUAUGUCCCUCUUGAACUAUAUUUGGUACCUGGUGCUGGUCCUCAGAAAGUCUAUCAAACAUCAAUAGGGCAAGGUUAUCAGUGCAAAGGAAAACAUAGGCACGUUAAACGUGCAUGAGCUAUUUUGAAUGCUUUAGUGUAACUAUAAUACUUCGGUGUAACCUUACCAAGAGUGAUGAUUUGGUUUUUGUGCGAAAUUGGGUAUUGCGCUACAUAAAUGAAAACGCGAAACGCUCAGCUGAGUCGAUCCUCAACCUAUAUAUUCACUUUCCUCUGUCUUUCCCCGUUGCAUCUGGUGCAUGUUAAACAAAUUGUUAAAGUAAAAUAAAUUUCUACUCACCAAACGUUGAUUAGAAGGAAAACUCCAAGGUUUCCUCGGAGUUUCUUAAGCCAAAAUGUGACUCAUCGAAUACUGAAUCGUUACGAAAUACCAGGAUUUUUAUCAUUGUGGUAGAUGGUUGCAUCAUCAUAAUUCACGAGGUUGUCACGUGCGAUUCUACUCAGUGAAACAGUCUUUAACUCCGACAACUUAUUUCUUCAUGUUUUAAAAGCUAUUGCUUCUUAAAAGACAAGAGCCUUUUUUAAGGCAUUGGUUACAAAACGAAACAGGUCUUCAUACGUCCAAGUUACUAUUUAUCAUUGUGAAAAGCCAAUCUGCAUGAGAUGUACAGUCACACAGCUGGCACGUGAAAGUGUUGGACUUUGCCCCCUUUCGUGGUUCGUACGUGAGGGAAUUCGAGUUAUCACACAGUAAACUAGUAAACAGAAUUAUAAAAAUAACUCACGCACACAAUUUGCACGUGAAGAUGUUGGUCUUUCGCCCUUUUACAAUUCGUACGUUAAAAAAAGGCAAAUUCUUUACUACAAAAUUUUCUCAAACGAUUUUAAGAAAUCACCUCGGCUUCAUUAUAACAUCUGCAAUUAAAUUAUGUUUCAUGCAACGUCAAGGUUGAUAACCUAACAUUUAUUAACAUUUGUGAAACAGUCUUUAACUCCGACAACUUAUUUCGUCAUGUUUUAAAAGCCAUUGCUUCUUAAAAGACAAGAGCCUUUUUUCAGGCAUUGGUUACUAAACGAAACAGGUCUUCAUACGUCCAAGUUACUAUUAUUAUUGUGAAAAGCCAAUCUGCAUGAGAUGUACAGUCACACAGCUGGCACGUGAAAGUGUUGGACUUUGCUCCCUUUCGUGGUUCGUACGUGAGGGAAUUCGAGUUAUCACACAGUAAUCUAGUAAACAGAAUUAUAAAAAUAACUCAUGCACACAAUUUGCAUGUGAAGAUGUUGGUCUUUGGCCCUUUUACAAUUCGUACGUAAAAAAAAGGCAAAUUGUUUUACUACAAAAUUUUCUCAAGCGAUUUUAAGAAAUCACCUCGGCUUUAUUACAACAUCUGCAAUUAAAUUAUGUUUCAUGCAACGUCAAGGUUGAUAGCCUAACAUUUAUUAACUUCCAAGAAAAUUAUCAAACUGCCGAAAUAUAUUUCUACUUGUAUCAUGUUACUCCACUCAAUACAACAGUAUCUAAUUAUUGUGUCAGCUAGCUUCUUCCAAUUUUAUUCCCUAAUGCUACCGUUUCUACUCAAGUUACGCAUCUUUACUAAAUAAAAUACGUUUCAGAAACUAUAAUACUUAGUAUGCAGGAAGGAUGUAUCAUGUUGUUCACUUAUUAUUCUUUUUUUUGUUUUUGUUUUGCCAGAACGAAAAAGGUCUGUUGAACUUUGUAAGCGAGAGAAUAAUAUUUUUAAAGCUUGUUUACAGGAUUAACAAUACUCGGUACAGCUUUCACAAAAAUAAGCUGCCUUUUUAAACUUCUAAAACCACAUUUUAUAGGGCGCAUACUUUCGAAUUAAAGCCUAUAUAUAAAUAUCAAUUAUUGCUUCAUUGGAACAGCUUUGAAAAUAUAUGAUCUUUUAUACUCUACCCAGGUGUAGCGGGUGAAACAGAACUCAUACUGACGUGCGUUGUACAGAUAGCCGAAUUAGGUCAGAAAUGCCUUGAAGCAGCAUCCAUACUAAAAUAUGAACCCUUAAACAGCUGCAUCACUGUACACAGCGUUUGAAUCAUGAAGAUAUUUAAUAUAAUGUUUCCAAACACCUGUAGCCGUCAUAAAAGACGAAAAAAUUGUGAAGAAUCAAGAUGGCGGUCUCAAAGUGCCCUUGUUCGACCUUUACCAAUGUCAUGUUUAAGUAGAUGCUAAGAUCUCAUUGGUUCCUAAGCAUCAACUAAUAGUACCUUCAACCUUAUUGGCUCUUGCAACAAACAUCCAAACAUACAAAGUUACAAAGAUACAAAGUUACAAAGUUACAAAGUUACAAAGAUACAAAGUUACAAAGCCACAAAGAUACAUACGCUCACACCACUGACAUAUGAGCUAUUUUUUCAAAAUAGCUCAAUAACAACGAAAGAGGAUUUACAAAACUUAAAACAAGCAAAAGAUAUAAGUGAAUAUAGUUUGGCUCUCACCGUGGCAUUUGUACAACAGGACCAAAUUCAAAGAGAGGUGUCACGAUGGUUCUCAUAUUUAACUGAUAGAACGUCCAGUUGUAUUGACAAGAAGUCGGAGUGUUACGGCCGCAUUAAUCGCUAAAUAUUUUGAUUGCACUAGUUUUUUGUUUACUUGUGCACAUGCCUUUCACAUUCGUCUCAGUUAUCGCAAUACAUAUUCUGUUGGAAUUUUCUGUAUAAUUUUUGACAUUAUUUUGUAACCUUCACCAUUUAUUUACAAUCAUUUCGCCAUCUCAGUCAUUUCGCUAUCUCAGUCAUUUCGCUAUCUCAGUCAUUUCGCUAUCUCAGUCAUUUCGCUAUCUCAGUCAUUUCGCUAUCUCAGUCAUAAUCUGCCUUUUGUUCAACCUUGUUUUUAGCCCACCUUGUAAGUAUUUCACGUUAUUAUUUCAUAGUUCAUUACUACUGUUUUUUGCAUUCCUUAGUAAAAGAAAUGGGGCACCUUGUAACUCGGCAGACUAUCCUGAUUUUUUUUUCUUAGCCAUUUAAAUUUAGGCACGUGUGCAGGGUUUGUUCUGUCGAAUUGUGAUUGGCUAGGAAGAACAAUUGCCUUCUAUCAAGUAUUUUUCCAGCAGGGGAAGGUGGCUUUGGGCAAAUGAUGUAUCCGUCUCCAGAAAGGUCACCCCAGGACUCCCGGGAUGGAUUUUUUUUGUACAGUGCCCAGACUUCAUUUUCUUGGCUGCCCAUUGAUCUGGCCUGGCUACUUUGGCAAGCAUGUUCUCGGUCUUUUUGGAUUAUAUCCUUCAAGUUUGUCAAAGUCUAUGUGAUUCGUUUCUCUAUGUGGGAAAGCUUCAUUGGUUUCUAUAUCUGCUGCUAUUCUAUUUCUACGAUCCUGGCAUGUUUAUUUUCUGUUGGAGUUCGAAUUUUGUGGAAAAAGUUGUGAUUAAAGGGAGCAUGGCGGCGAAGAUGGCAUCUCGUGUCUCCUACCUUGUAUAUUAUUAUUGUAUAUAGAGUGAAUUUGAACAAAUUAUCACGAAACUUCAUUGGAGCAUUAAGGACAACAACAACUUACUGCAGAGUAAGUUUCAUUGAUCUUUAUUUAGUAUUUCCAAGAAAUUUUAGGAUGGUAUUUUUACCCCAUACAAACACUGUAAUUUUACUGGAACCGUACUGUGGUACUAUCACAAAGCCUGGGUGACCUGUGCUAUAGCUUUUCAUUUCUUGCUGAAAAGGGAAAGUUCAUUAAAUGAAAUCCCUGACUUUGGAUGGUUGUUAUUAGGGCACUGCUUAAACGUAUUUGCCAAAGACUUUGAAUUUUCACUGCCAAUAUAUAGUUAGGAGGGUUACUUUCAGGAUAAUUUUGCUUAUAACGUUAUUAAUAAGUGGCCAUGACAUUUUAUCUGUACUUAACGGGGGGUUGUUACUUUUGUAACUCCAUGGUGUAAGUCAGCUGACAGUCUAACCCUGGUGAAAAGAACGUUGUCAUGAGCUCAUGAUAAAAGUAAAACAUUAAAAAAGUAUAAAUUUUAUAAUUUUAGAUCUAUUAAUUUCACUUUGAAACUUUUUUGUGUUAGGUAUUUUUCAUAGUGUAUGGCUUGACUUUUGGAUGCUGUAAACGACAAAAACCCAGGCCUUAUGAGAUUGAGCGAGUUAUCAAUGAAACACAUUCCAUAAUGUGGAAAUGCCCUGAAUGUCCAUUUGGCCAGGGGCUGAAUGUACUUUGUGGAACCAGUAUUAACAUUGGUGUACAGAUUCAGUGUACUGACUGUGUGGAGGGGUUUACCUAUUCUGAUUCACAUGGAUAUGCACCUUGUAAGAACUGCCAGAAGUGUGCAGAGAAUGAACAAACAUCUGGGUGGUGUUCAAAGGAUGAAGAUACAACAAAGUGCUUAGAAACAUGCGACAAACGCUUCUACUGGGAGGAACUGACUGCAUCAUGUGUGCCAUGUGGUGAUUGCUGUGGAGACACUUUUCAGCGUGAAAAGCAAUGUCAAAAUGUAGGGCUCCCAAUUACUCACCAGUGUCGACAAACAAGCAUCAGAUGCCCACACCCAACAACAGUUACUGUGAUUCACAUUAAAAAGCAAGACUUGAUUAACCACAGAGAUCAUGAGGAAAAGACUAACAUUUUUGAACUUGUAGCCAUCGUAGUUGGCGCAUUAUUGGCUGUUAUUGUUAUAAUAAUUAUCACAAUUCUUGCAAUUUGGAAGAUGUAUGGUUGGCAAGAAGCCAAGAAUCUCCUAAGGAGAUUCUUCUGUUUUUUCUGUCAAUCAUUACACUCAAAUAAGGAAGUGACAUUCCAUUUUAACAAUGACGUGUUUGAUGAAGGUGACAAUGAGUCAACAUCCUUGAGAGACAGUGAGAUUCAUUUAGAGGAGGCGACAGAUAGGAUGGGGCCUUUGAAAUCAGGUAAUAAUUACCCACAACAUUUUUAGUAUGAAGUUCAGUUCAUAGCGUCUGAAUGGAAGGUGAAU